CCCCUGAGGGUGACACUGAUCCAGAGAGUGGGUUCAACCUGGAGGAAUUCACCCGUUACCUGCAGGAGCGGGAACAGCGCCUGCUGCUCAUGUUCCACAGCCUUGACCGGAACCAGGACGCCUCUCCAGGUCACAUUGAUGUCUCUGAGAUUCAGCAGAGUUUUCGAGCUCUGGGCAUUUCCAUCUCGCUGGAGCAGGCAGAAAAAAUCCUACACAGCAUGGACCGCGACGGCACCAUGACCAUCGACUGGCAGGAAUGGCGUGACCACUUUCUAUUGCAUUCUCUGGAAAAUGUGGAGGACGUGCUCUAUUUCUGGAAGCAUUCCACGGUUCUGGACAUUGGCGAAUGCCUGACAGUGCCAGAUGAGUUCUCAAAGCAGGAGAAGCUGACGGGCAUGUGGUGGAAGCAGCUGGUGGCUGGUGCAGUGGCAGGCGCGGUGUCGCGGACCGGCACAGCUCCUCUGGACCGCCUCAAGGUCUUCAUGCAGGUUCACGCCUCAAAGACCAACAGACUCAACAUCCUUGGGGGUCUACGGAGCAUGAUCCAAGAGGGGGGCAUCCUCUCCCUGUGGCGUGGUAAUGGUAUCAAUGUACUCAAGAUCGCCCCCGAGUCAGCCAUCAAGUUCAUGGCCUAUGAGCAGAUCAAGCACGCCAUCCGGGGACGGCAGGAGACGCUGCAGGUGCAGGAGCGCUUCGUGGCUGGCUCCCUGGCUGGUGCCACAGCCCAGACCAUCAUCUACCCCAUGGAGGUGCUGAAAACACGGCUGACCCUGCGCCGGACUGGUCAGUACAAGGGGCUGCUGGACUGUGCACUGCGGAUCCUGGAGCAAGAAGGGCCCCGCGCCUUCUACCGAGGCUACCUGCCCAACGUGCUGGGCAUCAUUCCCUACGCGGGCAUCGAUCUGGCCGUCUAUGAGACCCUGAAGAACCACUGGCUCCAGCAAUAUAGCCAGGAAUCAGCAAACCCAGGGAUCCUCGUGCUCCUGGCCUGCGGUACCAUCUCCAGCACCUGUGGCCAGAUAGCCAGUUAUCCCCUGGCCCUGGUCCGGACCCGCAUGCAGGCCCAAGCCUCCAUCGAGGGCUCCCCGCAGCUCUCCAUGAUGAGUCUGCUCCGUCACAUCCUGUCCCAGGAGGGAGUGUGGGGCCUCUACCGGGGCAUUGCCCCCAACUUCAUGAAGGUCAUUCCAGCUGUGAGCAUCUCCUAUGUGGUCUACGAGAACAUGAAGCAGGCCCUGGGGGUCACGUCCAGGUGAGGGACCCAGAGCCCAGCCCUCCCCCAAGAUCCGUCACCCCAGUCCUGAUGUUCCCCCAUUGAUGUCCUUGGCCACAGGAGACCAGUGGCCCAAUCAAUGGAUCCUAGUUCCCCUGCCUAAACCACUGAUCCCUACACACCAGCCACAGGAUCCCAGUCCCCGAAUCCUGGAUCCUCCACCCCCAGACCCCAGUCACUGAAUCACAGGGUCCCCACACUUUGACCAUGGAUCCCAAUACUCCAACUCUAGAUCUCAGAUCCCUGUACCCCCAACUGCUGGAUCCCCCACUUCAGCAACCUAAAUCUCAUACCUGAACCACAAGAUCCAGAGUGAUCAACACCUCAGCCCUUCAUCCCCUCCUUCCCAGACCCCUAGAUCCUGCAUUCCUACGCUCCCAAAGUGGAUCCUAUGUUUCCCUGCCCCACCCACUGGGUCCUGGACCUAGAUCCCCCACAACGUGGUGAAUGGAUCCCAAUCCCCAAGCACAGGAAUGGACAUCCCUAUACCUCAUUACCCUGACCCCAGCUCCCUCAGGUCCAGAUCCAGUGUCCUUGUGUAGCACUGGGUCCCAGAUCCCCAACCCCACUGGCGAAUCACAGAUCGCCAUGCCUCAAGCCCCGUCUCCAAGCUCAGCCGCUGGAUUCUGGAUGUCAAGAAACCUCAGCCACCGGAUCCUGACAGUGCAAUGCCUAGAUCCUGGGGCCCCCACCACUGGACCCAGAUCCCCUCACCCCAGCCACUGGAUUCUGAUUCCUUUACCUUGACACUGGGUCCCAGAUCCUUCUGCUUCGACGGCUGGACCCCUACAUUUCAAGCACUGUGCCCUCUGCCCCUUACCACUGGAUCUUGGAUUCCCAAGUCCCAACCCACUGGAUUCUGGCUCCUAAAACCACAAAUGUGGGCACAACAGCACAGCAAGUGGGUCCUGGCAGGUGCAGCUGCUGGAGUCCAGAUUCCAGACAGUCCCCACGCCCAGUCCUGCCAGCACUGGAUCCCACGCCCUGGACCCCUACCUCCCAAAUGCUCAGACCCCCAGUCUAGAUCCCAAAAGGCCAAUCACAGCACCAUGAUCCCACAUGUCCCCAUCCCAGAGACACACUGCAGCUUACCAUGGCUCAGGAUCACACAGACCAGGGAGACCUGGGGAGGCCCAGCUGCCAGCUCCAGAGAACCCAGGGGCUCUGUCUCAUGUCUUCAUGUAGCUCAUGGCCAGGCAGCAAGGGGGGAGAUGUGUCUCCUGUGACUGCAUGGAUGCUUGACCCCCACCCAGCAUGGACACCCCUCUUGGCCCUGUGGGCUAUUGCUCCCUCAGACCACCCCACCCCACCCUGCAGCACCCCCCCACACCUGAUCAGCUCAUAACCCCAGAGCUUAAGUCCUCUGGAGGGCCCGGCCUCUUGUUCUUGGGGGCUGGCAAACAGGCGGUCUGAGACCAGAGACUUUCGGGGGGUCCCCCGUCCUAGCACUGCCAGCCCUUCCAGGGCUUCAAAGAUUUGCAAGCCAGGAACAAAUCCUCAUCGACCACCCUUCCCUACACUCGAGCAUCCAAUUAUACAAAACCAAACAAAAACCCAAACCCCAAACUCACUCCAGGUCUAUUUUUCUAUCAGAGAGAGGAGCAAACCCCCACCCCCAAACCCAAGCCCCCAACUCCCCCUUCCCAUCCCUCCUGCACUUUAUUGUUGGAUUCUGAGCUUAGGAUGAUGGGGCCCCUCUCCACUGCUACCCGGUGCCUGGGGAACCCCAUCAGGGACUGUGAAGAGGACUGGGAUGUUGGGGCCUAGAGGACCAUCCCUCCCGGCUUCCACCUCCCUCCACGACACUUGCCCUCUCCCUGCCUGUGUGUUAUUUCAAAGGAAAAGAACAAAAGGAAUAAAUUUUCUAAGCUCUUU